AUGCAGAGGUUCAAUGAGGAAAAUGUGCAGAUACCUGAUCAGAAUGAGCAGGUAACCAUAGCUGCCUUCACCAACGGGUUGAUUGCGGGGAUCUUCCAUACUGAGAUACAUCGGGAUUACCCCCGCACACUUCGGGAACUCUGGGAACGAGUAGACCAAAGAAUCCGAAGUGAGGACCUAAACCGCAUGAAGCGAGAAGCUCAAGCUGCUCGUACUGGGCAAGAGUCCCGGAGGAAAAAAAACACCGGCCGAAAUGAACAAGACCCAAGUGGCUCAUCGAACCAAUUCCGAGACCGCCGGAGUGUCUUCAAUCGGAUCGUAAAAGGCAGGUCGUCCACCUCGGACGCCGAACUGACACCGCUCAAUUCCAGCAGGUCUCACGUCUUGGCGGUGAUGAGGCAAAAUCACUUCAGCCGAAUCUCUCCUGAGAUCCCGGGGAGGAGAGAUAAGAGGAACUCCAACCUUUAUUGUGCCUACCACCGAGAUGUCGGACACGAGACCGAAGACUGCAACGAUUUGAUGCGAGAAAUCGAGAACUUAAUCCGCCAAGGAUACUUGAAGCAAUUCGUCCGCAAGGAUGGAGCCCUCAACCGAAGCGCCUCCCACCGGGAGAGCCGGGACCCUGGCCGAGAAGACAGGCAGGACCAGCGCCCACCGCGUGACGGAUCACCGAGCUAUGGCCCUAACAUCGCCAGGGUGAUCAACACAAUCGCGGGUGGCCCAACGGGAGGAGACAGUCAGAACUCCCGGAAACGGACAUACCGCCAGGCCGGCAUGGAGACGGCUGAGCCGAGCUCCCGGUUUUCCGAGGUGAUUACCUACGGUCCCAGCGACCCUGUCCCUGCUGCCUCCAGCAAUCAUGAAACUCUAGUGAUCGAAGUUCUCACCUAUAAUUAA